UGUGCAUAUAUGUGCUCCGACGGUGUAGACGACCUUUUCGGGCCGUGUCUCUCGAAAUAGGAAAAAUAAAAAGGAAAGACGACGGCGGCGGCGACAGCGGAAGGAAGCGAGGAAAAUAGAGAAGUAGUGUGCAGUCACGAAACAGCACCAUGAGUUCAGGUAGACCAAUAAAAUGUGUCGUUGUUGGAGAUGGCACAGUUGGAAAAACCUGUAUGCUGAUCUCAUAUACAACUGACAGUUUUCCAGGAGAAUACGUACCUACAGUUUUUGAUAAUUAUUCAGCACCAAUGGUAGUAGAUGGAAUUCCAGUAAGUCUAGGACUGUGGGAUACAGCAGGUCAAGAAGAUUAUGAUAGACUCAGACCACUUUCAUAUCCACAAACAGAUGUAUUUCUCAUUUGUUUUUCUGUGACAAGUCCAUCAUCAUUUGAAAAUGUCACCAGCAAAUGGUACCCUGAAAUCAAACAUCAUUGUCCAGAUGCACCAAUGAUACUUGUGGGGACAAAAAUUGAUUUACGAGAUGAUCGUGAAACACUGACUGCAUUGGCCGAACAAGGACUUAGUGCCAUCAAACGAGAACAAGGCCAGAAGUUAGCUAAUAAGAUAAGGGCAGUAAAAUAUAUGGAAUGUUCUGCAUUGACACAACGUGGCUUGAAGCAGGUCUUCGAUGAAGCUGUUCGCGCAGUACUUCGACCUGAACCACAGAAACGCCGACAACGAAGGUGCGAUUUGUUGUAAACUCAAUGAUUUAAGGCUGAUAAACAGGUUAGGAAAAAGAACUAUCAAAAAGCCAGAUAAUUUUAACGAACAUUUACAAACUUUAAGUUAACUACAGAGGAGGGCACUAACUUUUGAAAACUAAUAACUUUCUAUUAAUUUUACUGUUAAAAUAAUAAUUUACAAUUAAAUCUUUACUACUUUAAUUAUUAGAAAUUUUUUAGUAAUAGGAUAUCGCUAAUGGUACCAAACACAUCAAAUUUGUCUAUGGCAAUCGAUCCACUAUACAAUAUUUUAAUGCUUUCAAAUUUUUUUACAAUUAUUAAUAAUUUAUUAUAGUAAACUCUUUAAAUAUGUCAAUAUUACAAUUUUCGUGCUCUGCGAAAAGUUCUCAGUUUUCACAUUAAAAAAUAAGGAUUUGUUCUUAUUUUUCUAUUUAUGAAACACAAGGUAGAAAUAAUAAAUUUUAUUUGAAAAUCAUGAUUGGUCAGUGCUCUGACUAUUACGCUUACUAAGGAAUUUUCUUAUAUUGCAACCAAUACUGCCAUAUAUGUUCAUACGUAAUAAAAUCUUAAAAAAUAUGCCAUAAACAAAACUUAAAUAAAAAGCUAACUUCUAGUUCUUCUGUAUUCUAAUUUUUGGAAAUCGAAGGUUUAAUGUUUUAUCGAUGAAACAAACCUAGAUAAUAUUUUAUCAGAUAAAUCUCUUAACACUAUUUUAAAUGUUUUAAGCACUGACGCAUUACUAAUUAAAAAAUAAUCCAAGUAUUACAUUAAAAAGAGAUGUUGAAAAUUAUUUUUUGUAUGAAGACAAAAGCAUUAAGUAUGAUAAAAUGUGAAAGUAAAAAAAUAAACAAAUUCGUUAUUUGAAUACAUUGUCAAUUGACAAUUGAUGGACGAUGUCACAUGGGUGUUAGUGUACAGUCCUUUACCUCAUUACAUUAAAAAUCACUUAUAAUCAAAAGGAAGAUGCAAAAAAUAUAUGUAUAUGAUCUAUUGUUACUGUUACAAUAAACAAAUAAGACAUCAAAUUCAGUCUUAAAAUUAAAUUAAAAUCUGGCAAAUUUGAAUAUUCAUAACUGUACUACUUAUUUUCUAAAUGAGAAAAAAAGUAAUUAUUUCCAAAAUAUAUAAAUGAAUGUUAAGCUUAAAUUACUUACUAAUGUCUAAAAAACACUAAAAAUACAGAAUAAUUUUAAGAAUGAAUUGUCCAUGUCAUAAAUCAAGUAGUCCAAUACAAAUUUUUAAUAUAAAGCAGGGAAUGACUAACCCAUAAAACCUUCAAAAUAAAUUUAAUACUGUAUCAAAAAUUAAAAAAAUCAAUCAGUAAUAUAUUUAACCGCGUAAUAUUAAAGAUAAUUAAAACCUAAUAAAAAUGGAAAAGAUUGAAUAGUAUAAUUUUUUGGAAAUGACUAGGAUGAUGCUGAACGAAUAUUCCUCAAUUUUGUAUUAAGGAGGUUUAUGAAAGAAAAAAGAAUUGGGUGAAAAGUGUGCCAUACGCUUUCCAAUCACGAAUAAUUACAAAAAAUGAAAUAACCAUUAGCGUGCUAUUAGCAUUACAUGUGCUAGUGCUACGUUAAUUUGAGUGUAUAAUUACGAAUAGGUUGUGGAAAAGCAUAGAAUUUCAAGCAGACAAACAAGAGGAAAAUUUGCGUCAAAUAAAAUAAUGUCUUGAUAACGAUAAAUAGAGUAACUAACGCUAGUUAGAUGUAUAUAAUGUAGUAUAGAAACCAAAAAGCAGAGAAACCCUUUAUAUAUUUGACAUCAAAAAUACCUAUUCAUUUAUAUUUUCAUUUAUAUCUGUGCGGCAUUUAACAAAGCUGUUUAGCUUUGCAUUAACUAUAUAAUUAAAGAAUAGCACAACUUAUAUAAAGCGACUGAUUUUUCUUGAAACUUUUUGAUACCUUUUACCCGAGAAAAGAAAAAAACUUUUUUAACAAUGAUGAAAAAAAUUGUAAAGCGAGCAGCUACUUAGUUUGUAAGCAUAGUUCUUAAGUAUUCAGCCAUUGGCUCCAAUUAAAUUGAUUAUCAUUAUAGGUUUAAUUUUUGCGACAUAUCUGUAACAGUUUGAAGUAAUUACAGCAAUUGUCGAUCAGCCUUUGUAAUUGAAAAAGUAAUUAUUGGCACAGUAUGUGAAAAUGCUAGAGUUAACUGAAAAAAAAUCACUUGUGCAAGAAAUUUGGAUUCCUCAUAAUUAUUGUUAUAAACGAGUAAAAAUAUCCAUAAAUAGCUAAGAAAUCUCGAAAAAUAACCCUAAUUAUCAUCAUGUAUUUAAUCGUUUAUGAUAGAGCAAAAAAAUUACUUAAUAUGGAGUUGCUGUAAACCAAAGUUCUUUUAUAAUCUUUAUUACGUUUAUUUUAUCCUUUGUAUAAUGCGCUGCCACAGAUUAUUCCAUGUAUAAAACUGUCGAUUGUAAGAUAAUCUAGUCACCAAAAAAAUCUAUUUCUGAUCAUUUUUUACACGUACUGGUUUUUGCGCAAACAAGACGAUUAUGUAAAAGAGAACGUCGGUGAUAUUCUAGAAAAGGUUGAUGAAGAUAAAUUGAUAUUCAAAUUUCAGUUUUAACGGCUAUAAACUCAUGUUUGUUAUAAAAAAGAGAACGUACAUUUUUUAAUGUGUCACAAAGUAACUCAAAUAACAAUCAGAGAAUACUCUAAUUUAUCGACGUUUUCUGUAAAUAAAAGAAAAUGAAUCGAAAAAUUAAUUACUUUUAAGUAUAAUAUCUGUAAAUUUCUAAGUCUAUUUAUUAAGACUAAUGAAAAAUUUUAAAUUCAACGAAACUAAUCGUAAGUUUACUUCGUCAUUGGCGGCCUAUAUUAUGACUUAUUGUGUGCAAACUAAAUUUUUAAUAAAAAAAAGUUUUUUUUCGGCUAAUUUUGAGUAUGUAUUAUAUGUCUUUAUAUUUUUAAGCGAUUGUCAAUAUCUGACUAUUUUUUUAUGACUUUAAUUGAGGCAUAUAACUCUGAAUUGAUAUUUCCAUUGUUUUUGGUAAAAUGAAGUGAAUAAGUUAAUAAUUUGUUCAACUAUUUAAUGCAUGUAAAUUCGAACAAUAUUUAUACUUAUAACAAAUGUAUGUAUAUUGCUUUGUAUGAUUUUUGAUACAAUGUAAACAAUUCAUUUCUAUGUCUAUUCACAAAAACAGAAAAAAUGUUUUACUUAAAAAAGAUUAAUUUUUUACGAUGAAACGACAGUGCGAUUAAUCGUGUUUGUGAAGUACAUGUUUAUUACAUAAAACUUAAGAAGCAUUUAUUUUUUAUUUCAAGUGUACUUUCGAAGAAAUUUCAUUUAAAUAAACACUGAACGGA